AUGAGCGGCGAUGAAAAAGAUUCAGACACACCACCUGCUCCAAAAAAGCAAGAAUCCGUAAGACAGCCUCGUCGAGAGGACCGAAAGGGGGAGAGCGCCAGGGACUUACACCGUAGUACACGUUCUCGAUCUCGCUCUCACAGCUCGGACAAAAACCAUCGUCAUCGUCAUCGUUCUAGAUCUCAUGAUGCUCAUGAUGCGGAUCGUAAGCAUCGCGAUCAUAAAGAUCACCACGAUAUCGCUGGUGUAGACGGUGCUAAGAAGUCAACGGGCAGGCGUCACCGUUCCAAAAGCCGUAGCAACUCUUCAGAUCGCAAGCAUAAACAUCGAAGCCGAAGUCAUUCCCAUGAUGGUCACCGUAAACAUCGAAGCCGAAGUCGAAGCCAUUCCAGUGAUAAAAAACACAGGCGACACCGCAGCAAGAGCCGAAGCCAUUCCAGUGAUAAGAAGCACAAACAUCGAAGUAGAAGCCGCAGUAGUUCAUCGGAUCGCAAAAAGCAUCAUAAACAUCACAAGCAUCACAAGCAUCACAAGCACGAGAAAUCUGGUUCUCUGCGCAGCAAGAAGCACAAAACGAAGGACAAAGAAGCUAAGAAGAAGAAAAAGGAAGAGAUCGCACGAUUGAAAAAGGAAAUGGAAGAUCAGGAAAGAGAAAUGGAAGAAAACAGGGAGAAAUUGGAGGCAGAUAUUCAGAGAAAGCGCAGGCAAUCCAAGAUGUUUUAUAUCUGUGGUUUUUGCUUAGUGGUGUGUGCUAUUAUUGGUGUCGCUUUGGUAUUUCUUUUGAGAAAAAGUGACGAGGGUCCUGCUGCAGCGGGAGCAACGAAUACAACAAGUGCUCCUGUCUCUUCCGAACCAUCGGACAGUCCCAGUGGGUCCUUGAUGCCAUCAACUGAACCGUCAUCUUUCCCAAGUUCCCUUGAAGCAUUGUUUGAUCCUCCCAGUUUGGAAGAUUGCGAAGCGAUUGCCAAUGGCGAAGCUGUUGCCGGGCAGGACAAUAUGACAGUUCAGGACUUGCAAAUCAACAUGGAUAUCACGGUCACUGAUCCAAAUAUCAACCCGGAAGAUCUACUGCAGCCACUUCAGGACAAGAUUGAUGACACUUUGAUCCCAUCGCUGAUUGACUGCAAUGUAACGCUGCCAGCAAGAUUCUUGCAAUCCUCUCAACUUCGUGGCCGACGUAAGUUGCAAACUUCUAAAGAGAUCCGUCACAUUCUUGGAAAUGCCUUUGGAACUGCUUCCUUUCCAGAAGGAAAAGAGUGUUUGACUGAGGACACCAUCUCCAAUCCAUGCUAUCGGGCAGAGGUGUUGCUGCAAGCUUUCGUCAAGGAGGGCGGAUCAUCUUUUCCACUCAUCAACCUUUUGACUGGACUUUUGGCUGAAGGCGACAGUGCUGAUAAUAACUUUGGCCUUCCCCCGUCAUUGGUGCAGGAGCUGCAGAUUCUGGGGGUCGUAAAUCUCUCACCGACAGAUCAGCCCAGUGACCAGCCAUCCGCCUUACCCAGUAUUGUGCCUUCGAUGAUCCCAUCGGUACUGCCCAGUCUAACGCCUUCCAUGUCACCUAGUUCCAAACCCAGUGUAAAGACUGCCACCAAAACUCCUACGUUGGUCCCAACCUCGUCGCCGACUUAUGACGAGCUGUCAGACUUCUACAGCGAAGUCAUCAAUGAACUCCCCGAAACCAUCAACAAUGUUAUUACCUAUACGGUGAAUUGCGAGGGAAAUCUAGGAGACAUUGUCGUUCUAGCACGUGGCGACGACAGAAAAGAGCCAGUUUGCCUGGGACACAUGCCCCGUGAUGACUUCCUGGAUGCCUGUAGAGCGGGCACGGAUCCAUUUGCUGUUCGUCUACUUCGUACUGACGUGGAAGACUUUGAUGACUAUCCUGAAGUUGCCAUUGGAUACAUGUCAUCGGCUACUUUCGAAGUUCUAGAUGAUUGCGAACGAAAUACCUUGGAUCUUGGCACUUUGGCGCCAUCGAUAUCACCAUCUGUCAGCAGGCAGCCAAGUACAGCGCCAUCCAAAAGCAAGCAGCCAACCGUCAAUGAUUCCGUCAAUGGUCCCGUCAAUCAAGCCGUCAAUGAUCCCUUCAACGAUCCCUUCAAUAAUCCCUUCAAUGAUCCCUUCAACGAGACCGUCAAUGAUCCCGUCAACGAUCCCGUCGAUGGAGCCGUCAAUGAACCCUUCCCAGCGUCCUUCAAUAAAGGUAGUACCGCCGCCACUGCCGCUAUGAUUCGCAUGCAAGUUGUGUUGCGCUCAUAUCGCGGCAUCCAGGCUCAUUUUGUAUGGCCAGCCAGAAUCGUAGUCUCAGUAUGUGUCUAUUUAGUACGAUUUUUAAAAAAUAUGUCUUGA